GGCAAAUUCAAUUCUCCUUUAUAAAUGGUUAAAUACCCAUUCUGUAACGCCAUUGCAGAAUCUCACACUUUCCCAAACCCCAUUUCUGAAGAGCAAGAAGAAGAGUGUCCGCUUUGGGCCAUCCACCUCAACCUCCUCCUCUUCUUCUUUCUUCUUAUUAUAUAGAAGAUUCUUCUUGCAAACUCUAAUGGCCCAAUAUACAUUUAUUGCCACUAUUUGUCUUCUUAUUCUGUCAUGUUCGUUCAUAUCAGGAGUGCAAGCAACAACCUUUACAAUAGUAAACAAGUGUGACUAUGUAGUAUGGCCUGGAAUUCUCUCAAACGCAGGUGCUCCAACACUUUCUACUACGGGCUUCACUCUCCAAAGAGGUGAAACCAAAACCAUUACCGCACCGACAUCAUGGGGAGGUCGCUUUUGGGGUAGAACCCAUUGCUUGCAAGAUUCCACUGGAAAAUUUUCAUGCCUGACGGGUGAUUGUGGCUCCGGGAAGCUAGAAUGUUCAGGAAAUAGCGCUGCUCCUCCUGCAACUUUGGCUGAAUUUACUUUGGAUGGUGUUGGUGGUCUUGAUUUUUUUGAUGUGAGUUUGGUGGAUGGUUACAACGUCCCUAUGUUGGUAGUUCCUCAGGGUGGCACAGGGCCAAAUUGUACGUACACAGGCUGCGUUGUGGAUCUCAAUGGCUCUUGUCCUUCGGAGCUCAGGGUGAUGAGCAGAGAUGGCAGAGAUGGCGUCGCUUGCAAGAGUGCUUGCGAGGCCUUCCGCCAGCCUCAGUACUGUUGCAGCGGCGCGUAUAACACACCCUAUACUUGCAAGCCUUCUUCGUACUCGGAGGUCUUCAAGAUAGCUUGCCCACGCGCCUACAGCUAUGCCUAUGAUGAUAAGACCAGCACCUUCACAUGUGCGAAUGCUGAUUACACGAUUACUUUCUGUCCUUCGCCUAACACUAGUCAGAAAUCAUCACAAGGGCAGAACACAACUCAGGGGCAGAACAAUGAAACAACAACGACAACGUCACCUCUUAUCAACAGCACAAUGGUGUACGAAGGUGCCUUUUACGACGAAAGUGCGGCAUCACCGUCCACGUGCACCCACGUGUUCGGAUCACAUCGGAUUGCGGGAAUUGUUGGCAUCACAAUGGCGAUUUGGUGGUCGUGGCAACUCUUCUAUCUUGUUCACUAACCUUUAUCUGUAGGGUAGGGGCCAUAAAGGGCCGUAAACUUAGAAAAGGAAAACUUAGGGACAGGCAGAAUAUAGCUAGGCCCCAUGCCCCCGUCUAACUUUAGCCCAUUGGAGUGGUGGAAGUGUCUGUAUCAAACAUGGGCCUGUGACCAGGUUUGGUCCCAUGGCUUGUCCACGGUAACGUGGAAUCCAGUCAUGACAGAAAAAGCUCACCCGUCUCAACUACCGCUCCUCUCUAGCUAAAUUUAGCUACUGGGGUUUUAAUUAGUGUUAGAGGUGAUUGGGCAAGCUAGCUGUUUGUUGUAUUUCCUUGUCAUUUAAUCUCAUAUUCCAUUCACAAUUUCUUUCAAUUUCCAUUAUUAGUAGUAAACCUUUAAUCAACCGCACGAAGCAUGCAACUUUCUUUGAAAGCAAUAACUGCGGAGGUGUUUAACGUUAACUUUUUAUUAUUGUAAAUUACAAGACGGUAAUUUGGUGACUCGUGCAAAUGUUGAUGUAACCAGACUAUGAACUAAAGUUUUUGCAAUAAAUGUUUUU